AUGUCUGAAAAAGAAGGUAAAACCGCUAAGAGGUCUGAACCUCAAACAUUUUCAAAAUUGUAUCUUAUAUCUUAUAACACUAUUCAGACCUUGGGAUGGUCAUAUUUGUUGUGGCAGUCUUUAGUACAUUUUUUAAAUCGGGGGACAUUAGAUACAUAUUGGGAAGAAAUAAAAUGGACUGUGAUUAUUUUUCAAAACGCAGCAGUUUUAGAGGUCUUACAUGCAGCGCUAAGACUCGUUCCAUCAGGAGUAUUUGUAGUUCUUAUGCAAGUGUACUCCCGCGUUUUCUUGGUCUGCGGUGUUUUAUUAGCAACGCCUGGUGGUACUGUUAGUCCGGGGCUGCCACUCUGCAUACUCGCUUGGUCUAUUACUGAAAUAGUGCGAUACGCUUAUUAUGCGGUUAAUUUAGUUAAGACGGUACCGCAACCUCUAUUAUUUUCCAGAUAUUCAACAUUCCUGGUGCUAUACCCACUUGGUAUAACGGGCGAACUGCUUUGCAUGUCAAAAUGGGGACACGGACUUACUGCGGACGUAAACGACUACGUCGAUAACACGGUCGACAUGCUUGUACCAUUCAUUCAAAGCAAUGGUUUAGAUCCAAUGAAUUUGCCUGAAGUCAUUGAAGGAUUUGAAGUCAAACCGUUGCUUAUAACGUACAGCGCGUGGCUGAAGAUUUACGAUGGUACCAUGAAAGGUUUGGUGAAUCUAUCACGUUCCGGUGAUCAAAAGGUUAACUAUUUUGCUAAAAUGUUACGCGUCAGAGUUGAACUACAAUUCAAAGAUCUUGAGAUUAACUACAAAUAUCUGGUAAAAGUUAUGAACUUGGGUCCGACCGGAGGUAUUGUUGGGUCCCUGAGCCGUUUUGUCGUCAUAGAUAUUCUUAUCGAUUUCAAUAACGACGAAGUGCAACUGCAACAAUUUUCUUUGACUGACAUCGGGCGACUCCGUGUGCGGCUUACCGGUAAUAUACUUGUUGAUUGGUUAAUCAACCCUGUAAUAAACAUAUUUUUGAGAAUCUUUGAUACUGUCAUCAUGAAGGUAGUAGAAGUAAACAUAAGAUCUGCCGUGCAAAGCGGGAUCGAUUUCUUAAACACAAAUCUACAGGAUGCCAUCAACCACCUUGAAUCUUUCAAU